AUGAUCAGAUUUUUGAUUUUGGUGUGCAUUUUGGUGGUUGGAAUUGUGGAUGCGGAUGAAACUAAUGAGACAAUUGUGGUGCAUCGUGAGUUGUUUUCUUAAUUAGUGUAUUUAAUUAACAAAAAAUUUUCUUUUCCAGACGACGGUCGCCUUUGGGAUGUCAUAAUUCAAACAUGCAAUUCAGAAGGCGCUGGAACAGAUGCGGCUGCAUAUCUCAAAAUAUUCUACGAAUCCGGUCAUGACAAUGAGAUUUUCCAACUCGAUAAUCCUGGCAAAAACGAUUUUGAGCGAGGAUCAAAGGAUCAUUUCAAGAUAUUUUUCAGACAAUCGGAUAUUGUUAAUAUGGGCCUGUUUUGGUGGCCUGGAUUUAGGCGAGUUCUGAAAAUCUGAUCUCAAAAUUUUAUCUCGAGCCCAAAAUUAAAAUUUUUUAGCCUUUCACAAUCUUGGUGUGUUGAUUGGGUUUUGCUGUUGAAUUCGGAUAUUGAAGCGUGUUUUGAGGGAAUUUUCGAAAAAUGGAUUUUGCAUUAUCGGUAGGUUGAACAAAUUUUUGAUGGUUCACAGUCCCCAAAUCCAUAUAUUUUUCCAGAGAUCCUCCCACCUACGCAACAAACUUCCACCGUUUACGCUACGCAGAUUGCGUCCAGCCGGCGCCGAAAUCCGCGCAUCGACGAAGUUUCCUGCGCUAUGAUGAUAUGCAGAAAAAUAUGGAUAAGAUCUGA